AUGGCUAACGAGUCUCCUAGUCCCGAAGAUCUAAUUGAGGAGCUCGGAUUUCCCCCAAGCGAGCAUCAAUUCUUGCUUCGUCUUUUCGGUUCGUCCGACCCAUUUGCUGGGCUUUCUGGUGCAGACCCUGAGGCCAGUCACAGCCGAAAUCAAUCUGGCCAAAACAGCUCUACCAGUAUUGCUCGCAGGCUUGCAUCUGCUAGGCUCAGGCAAGAUAUUCCUCCGUUUACUGAUGAACGUGCCAAUCAGCUUCGUCUACGAUCUGCGCACCGUCAUCCUAGUGACUCUUGUGAAGGUUCAGAACGCAGAGAUCGGGUUCACUACGAAGAAGAGUGGACUUCCCUGAUAGGUACAGAUUCAGAAUCUCUGAUCUCUGAGUUACUCCAACAGCUUGCAACGGAGGACGAGCCUCCCUGUCUCGACUCCUCUGAUCUUCCUGAACACCUUAAGGCAUCAGAAAACGUUGCACACCCUGGAUCCUUUGGACCCCCGAGCCCAUCAGUCUAUGACAGCGAAAUAGGUGAGCCACCUGACUCUGUUGAUAGCUUCAACGAGACCCCCGCAACCCAGGGCAAUUGCGAAGAAUCCCCGGACCCGAAGGCUUUAAAACAACCUGGGAGCUUUGAGCAGCUACUUGAAUCAUUCCCAAGACCUCCCGGCCGCAACCAGACAGUCAAGGACCAAAGUUUCUCCCACGUUUAUUCCGACACCCAACGAGUGCCACCGAAAGACAGUGCCCAGGCUAACACAUCAACGCUUGCCAGCAGUCAGAUCAAACCUGCGACCAGUCUUCCUCGGAUUUCCCGAUUCUCUGAAGAAUUGGGUGACAGUAACCCGAUCGGAGAACAAGAUUCUUCUAGCAUUUGUGCCAAGGCUGAUACAUCUGCACUCGACACCAGUGAGCUAGGUAAUACCUCUCCUAGUUCUUCUAGAAUCUCCCCGCCGUCUUAUUCAACUGUCACCAACACUCGGAACAUUUCCCUUCAGAUCCCUUCCCUGACCCCCAGCGCCUCUUUCGGAGAGUUACGUCUCCCCGUUGACUAUCAUAAAGGACAACAAGCGGAUCCCGAAACCUCCCACCAGGCUCAGGAGCGCGCAAAUCGGUACACCUACAUCCCUUUCCCUGAAUACUCCUCGAGAGUUCGUCCAAUCAGCUACGUGAUCAGAAGGCAGCACUCCUUCCGCACUAUCUUCGAAGGGCGCGCUACACCUUCAGAUUCUCCUCGAUAUUACCAGAAGACGCCUCUUUAUACCUCUGCUCGUCCGUCAACGAUCUCUUUCGCCUCUGGAAGAAGGAACACAUCAAAACCCAAGAGAAUCUGGAAGCGUUGGGUUAAAAAGUUCAAACAGUUGCUUUGUUGA